CCAUGCCAAUUCCACUAAUGUAAGCAAUUUGUGGGAACUUCUUCUUUCUCAUGACUAGUAACUUGAAUGGCAACAGUAAACACUAGAACAUGGAAAGAUAUUUUCUAUCAAAAAGAGACCAAUAAAUAGUUAGAAAGGACAACAAAAUAACUAAAACACAAACACCUGUGGAUUAUGAUGUAAGUUGCCUUUCAUGUGUGGAUUAAAUGGUAGUUUUACUCCAAGGAGUUGAUUUAGGUUCAAUCUAGGUGUCUGUUUCUGUAGAGUCAAGUGAGACUUGUUGAAGCUUCCGGUGUUCUCCCAAUCAAUGAGCUGCAUUGCUAGAAAGGUGGGUUAUUGGCUGGUUUGAAAUCCCACUGUAACUGUAGGUUUUGCUAUAUUCAACAGACAAACAUUAGAGAUUGUUACUGAGCUGGUUACACUUCUCAACCAAGAUGAACAAUGUUUCAACAAUUUCAAUGCUUUUUCUCUCAGGUUUAAACGAGACAAGGAAUUACAGAUCAAUUCUUUUCUUUCUCACUUUCUUGUGUUACGUUAUAAUCAUCCUUGUAAAUGUUUGUGUUGUUCUGACAAUAAUUUUGAAUAAUGAACUCCAUGAACCAAUGUAUAUUCUGCUCUGUGCUUUUUGCAUGAAUUCCAUUUACGGAACAGCAGGUUUCUAUCCUAAAUUUCUGUCAGAUCUGCUCUCUCCUGUUCAUGUCAUCUCUUAUUCAGGCUGCCUUCUGCAGGCUCAGGUGUUGUACUCCUUCGCCUGUAGUGAUCUGUCCAUCCUUGCCCUCAUGGCGUAUGACCGGUAUCUGGCUAUAUGUCGACCACUGGAGUACCACUCCGUCAUGUCAAAGAAAAGAGUCAUCACUUUGGUUUGUCUCGCCUGGUUAACACCUUUCUUCAUUAUAGCUGUAAGCACCUUAUUAGCUUCUAGGUUGAAGCUAUGUAGCCAGUAUCUAAACAGACUGAUCUGUUUGAACUGGAGCAUUGUUAUGCUUGCUUGUUUUCCAGCUGAAACUAUAAUUAACAGCAUCAUUGGAAAUAUUACAAUAGGUAUUUAUGUUCUUCACAGUGUUGUCAUUGUGUGGUCCUACAUGUUUCUUAUCAAAACUUGUGUUGGUUCUAUAGAAAACAGGAGAAAGUUCAUGCAAACAUGUGUGCCACAUUUGAUCUCCUUGUUCACUUUUUCUGCAACUUUACUUUUUGAUGUUAUAUAUAUUCGAUUUGAGACCAAUAAUUUACCAACAACUCUUAAAUACUUUGUCUCAAUAGAAUUUCUCAUCAUUCCUCCUAUAAUGAAUCCACUGAUUUAUGGUUUCAAGUUGACCAAAAUAAGAAAAAAACUUCUAAGUGUGGCAGCUAUGAAAUGCAGUCUUUAA